CGCUGCGUUCUCCCCCCGCCCCUGUCUGCCCCGAAUUUAGGCAGGAAACACUCAUGCUCCUCGGUGAACACGAGGGACCCCAUGAACGAAUGAAUGAAUGGAUGCACGUCGGCCACCGGGGGGUCUCGGGCAGGGACGUGUUGUGGCCGCGUCGAGCCGGUGCAUCCCGUGCAGAUACCCGCUGUACCAGCUGGGCAACCCCCAGCUGCGCGUCUUCCGCACCAACUUCUUCAUUCAGCUGGUGCGGCCCGGCACGGCCCAGCCCGAGGAUACUGUGCAGUUCCGGAUCCCCAUGGAGAUGACCAGGGUGGACCUCAGGAAUUAUCUAGAGCGUAUUUACAACGUGCCCGUGGCUGCCGUGCGGACAAGAGUGCAGCACGGUUCCAACAGGAAGAGGGAUCAUAGGAACAUCAGGAUCAAAAAGCCAGACUACAAGGUGGCUUAUGUGCAACUGGCGCACGGACAGACCUUCACAUUCCCAGACCUGUUUCCUGAGAAGAAGCAGAGUCCUGACGGCAGCACGGGGGACGAGGACAUCCAGGACAGGCUCCUGGAAGAGCAGAGGCAGCGGCAGAGCCGCGACCCCCGGCGCGGUGGCGUCCCCAACUGGUUUGGCCUGUGAUGGGCCCCGGCUCCGACAGCUCAAAUAAAAGUCCUGCGUGUGGAGAAAGGCC